AUGGGCUACCUCCUUGCAUUUCUCUUGGGAUUGGUAUUUGAAGCCACUUCUGUGUUUGGAAUUCCUUCUUGCUCAGCUGAUGGACAAAUUGCCUUAUAUCGUUCCUGUAACCUCACCCAAGUCCCCCAAGUGCCAAACACCACUAUUAACCUGUUGUUAAGUUUUAACAACAUCAGGGUAGUUAAUGCCACUUCAUUCCCGCUAUUGGAGAAGCUUCGAUUGCUAGAGCUAGGAAAUCAGGACAGUCCUCUGACCAUUGAGAGAAACGCUUUCAGAAACCUGCCCAACCUUGCAGUCUUGGAUAUUGGCUAUAAUAACAUUAUGUCUUUGCAUACUGAUGCUUUUCAAGGCUUGCCCAACUUGAUUGAAUUACGGCUAUUUUACUGUGGUUUCUCAGAUUCUAUUCUAAAAGAUGGUUAUUUUAGAAAUUUAAUUUCUUUAGCCAAAUUGGACCUAUCUAAAAAUCACAUCCAAAGUCUCCAACUUCAUCCUUCUUUCAGAGAUCUGAAAUCUUUGAAAUCAAUAGACUUGUCUCUAAAUCAAAUAUCCCUUGCAUGUGAAAGGGAUCUUGAGCCCCUUCAAGGGAAAGGAUUCUCUUUCUUUAGCCUUGCUUCCAAUAGCCUCUAUAGCAGAGUCUCAGUCAACUGGGAAGAGUGCAUGAAUCCUUUCAAAAAUAUGGUCUUUGAGAUCCUGGACGUCUCAGACAAUGGCUGGACAGUAGAUAUCAUACGAGACUUUGGUCGUGCUAUCAGUGGAACCAAGAUUUUUUCUUUGCUUCUUGACUCCCAUAUUAUGGGCGCAGGAUUUGGUUUUCAUAACAUAAAGGAACCCGACCAAGAUACAUUUGCUGCACUGGGCAUGAAUUCAGUGAUAAAAAUGGAUAUUUCACAUGGCUAUAUCUUCUCCCUGAACAUUCAUCUGUUUGAGACACUUAAAGAGUUGAAAGUUUUAAACAUUUCACAUAACAAGGUAAACAAGAUUGCUGCAGAAGCAUUUUAUGGCCUGGACAGUCUCCAGGUUCUUGAUCUGUCCUAUAACCUACUGGGAGAACUCUACAAUUCUGAUUUUUAUGGUCUGCCUAAAGUUGCUUAUAUUGAUCUGCAAAGAAAUCAUAUUGGGGUGAUUCAGGAGAAGACAUUCAAACACUUGAAAAAUUUAAAAGCUUUGGAUCUUCGCGAUAAUGCUAUUAAAACAGUUAGUUCUCUUUCAAAUUUAAACUUAAAUGUUACCUACCUAAGUGGCAAUAAAUUGGUAAAUUUUCAAAAUAUCAAAAUAAUUGCUGAAUUCAUUGAUUUAGCAGAAAACAGGUUGGAAAAUCUGAAUGAUCUCUAUACUCUUCUCCAGGUUCCAGGUCUGAAGUUUCUCAUUUUAAAUCAAAAUCGAUUUCUUUGUAACCAACAGUAUGGUCCUUCAAAGAACCAUAUCUUAGAGCAGCUUUAUCUUUCAGAAAAUAUGCUGCAACUCAUCUGGCAAGCAGGAUCAUGUUGGGAUGUGUUUAAGAGACUUUCUCAUCUUAAAGUUCUUUACCUGAAUAAUAAUUACCUUGAUUUCCUUCCACCUGGUGUUUUCAGUGAUCUGACUGCAUUACAAAUCCUUAGCCUACAUGGCAACAAGCUGACAUCUCUUUCUCCUGGUGUCCUACCUGAAAAUUUAAGAGUCUUGCUUUUAUCCUACAACCACCUGCUAUCCCCUGACCCUACCAUAUUUGCAUCACUGAGCCACCUAGAUAUAACGCACAACAAAUAUAUCUGUGAAUGUGAAACCAGAAAUUUCAUCCUUUGGCUGAACCGAACCAAUGUCACCAUGUUUGGGUCCCCUGAGGAUGUCUACUGCACAUACCCUGACUCAUUCUCUGGGGUCUCACUCUAUUCAAUUUCCACAGAGGGCUGUGAUGAAGAGGAAGCCCUAAAAUUAAUUCGUUUUUCACUUUUCAUCUUCUUCACCACCACCUUGACUCUGUUCCUCACAGCAGUUAUUAUAUUUACCAAGUUCCGUGGGCACUGUUUUUUCCUCUGGCAUAAAAUGGUCCUGAGACUGGCAUUCAAAUACCAUCCCCAAGGUGUAGAAGAGGAUCAGCACAAAUAUGAUGCAUACUUGUGCUUCAGUAACAAAGACUUUGAAUGGGUCCAGAAUGCACUACUCAAUCACCUGGACUCCCGGUACAAUCCUGAAAAUAGAUUUAACCUGUGUUUUGAGGAAAGGGACUUCCUCCCAGGAGAGGAUCACAUCAGCAACAUCCGGGAUGCCAUUUGGAGCAGCAGGAAGACUAUUUGCAUUGUGACCAGGCAUUUCCUCAAAGAUGGCUGGUGCAUUGAAGCCUUCAAUUUUGCCCAGGGCAGAUACUUCUCUGAUCUUAAAGAUGUCCUCAUCAUGGUGGUAGCUGGAUCCCUCUCCCAGUAUCAGUUGAUGAAAUACCCACCUAUCCGAGUCUUUGUGCAGAGGCAACCAUACCUGAGGUGGCCUGAGGACCUUCAGGAUGUUGGCUGGUUCUUAAAUAAACUCUCUCAAUGCAUACUUACCAAAAAAGAAGAAAAGAAGAAAUCCAACAACAUCCCCUUGCAAACUAUAGCAACCAUAUCCUAGCCAAAGAAGACAUUCUCAACCUCAACUCCUGCUGGAAGCUAUUCUUCUCAUUAUAUUUGCAUUACAUGUGUUUGGCUGUUCCUUUGGAAGCAGCCAGUUGAUGGAA